UAGUAGAGUUGGUCAGGCAGUGUAGUGUGUUCAGUGGAGGAGGAAGGAGGUAGUGCCCUCAUAAUCCUCAACGUCAGUGGGAGUGUCCAAGGAUCAUCUCCCGGGGCUUACCUCCCUUUGUUUCCCGUGGAUCUCCUUACAGAAACACCAUCCCGCACACCAAACCAAGCCGCCUCACCUCCCUACUUACGAGGCUGACGCGAGUGUGUACGUGUGUGCGUGUGUGUACGUGACCGUGAGAAGAUUCAAGAACACGUACAUACCUUGUGGAAAACGCACUUAGUAACAGGAAGACCUCCUCCACGCCCUCAAGAAUAAAACACACACACACGCACACACAGAUCCUUUAAGACACGCACACGUCAUUCAGAUUAAAACCCGCAAAACACGAACACACGCACACUAGAACACACACACACACACACACACACACAUACACGGAACAUGGGGGAGUAUGGGUGAUGGGAAAUACAUUGAUAUCCUCAUCCACACACACACACACACACACUAAUCCACAAACUCCACUAGCUUACGCCUCUCUUUCCUUUACCUCCACUGUUGGUCUUUCCUAAUCUCCUCCUCCUCCUCCUCCUCCUCCUCCUCCUCCUCCUCCUCUUCCACAUAGUUUUCUGAGGUCAUUUUCUACACACCCAUUUACAGUGCAACUCUUCCCCUUCGCCCUCCUCCUCCUCCUCCUCCUCCUCCUCCAUCCCUCUUCUUUGUCCCUCCUCUUCCUCCUCCUCCUCCUACUCCUCUCCUACACCCCUCCCGCUACAGCAGAGACAUCGAGACAUCUACACCCACAUCCUCCCAGACACUCUCAGGAUGGGCGGUGGGCGGGCGUGGGCGGUGCUCGGGCUGUGUCUGUUACUGUGUUACUUGGAGCUGGCGGAGUGUUCGAAUGCGGUGAAGUCACGAUGGAAGACGGAGGUGAAUCUGAAGAGUCAACUGAUGCAUGAUUAUGACCAGACGUCCCUGCCGCCGCCUGUCACCUACCCCACCGUGGUCGGGAUUAGGGUUAUGCUGCUGCAGAUCAUUGUGGACGAGAAGGAGGAGAAUGUGCACGCAGACGCUUGGCUCAUCUGUGAGUGGCAUGACCCACGCCUCACCUGGAACCCUAGCGAUUACAUGAACAUUUCCUACCUGGACUUGCAUCACAGCUCUAUCUGGAAGCCGGACAUCAGCAUGUACAACAGCCCGGAAAGCAAUGCGUUCAAGGAGCUUGGGGAUAGCCUUGCCAAUGUCUCCUACACUGGCCGAGUCCAUUUCGUGGCGGGCAUCAAGCUGCAGUACUUCUGCGUGGUGGACCUCACCUACUGGCCCCACGACAGUCACAACUGCACCCUCCAGAUGGGUUCCUGGCGCUACAACAAGGCCGGGAUAGACCUGGUGCUCGUGGAAGACAAACCAAGGAUGGAGGCGCUGACUCGAGUAAAUCCGGAUGGAGGGAACUUGACCCGAGGCUGGUGGAGGCUGGUAAAUAGCAGCAUGGUCAGGCAUGAGGAGCACUUUGAUUGCUGCACAGACCCCUUCAUCUCCAUUAGAAUGUACCUUAUCCUCAGCAGGGACGCGCCCGUCUACCAGUGGACUGUCAAGAUGCCUGUCGUGGCGCUGUGCAUUCUUACCUUCAUUAUGUUCUUGCUGCCACCAUGUGCUGGGGAGAAGCUCAUCUUUGGUGGCAUCUGUCUCAUCCUUGAUGUGCUCUUCAUUGCCUACUCAUCUGUCACAGUUUCUCACGCACCCUCACACACUCCUCUUAUUGUGGAGCUAGUGAGUCAACAGUUACUCCUGACGGUGGCCAGUGUGGUGGUGACAGCCAUCACCACCCGCCUGGCCCGGGAUCCUCACUCCACACCACUCUCUUCCCAAGUUACCACGUGCCUCCACCUCAUGUCUGCUUGUCUCUGCCUCAACAACUAUCGCAGUCUCAUCAUGCCCAGUCCCUGGCAGUCCAUGAGGAACUACAAUGCCUCAGUCAAGACGGAGGAGGUGGAGAUGGGGGAAAAUGGCCGUGCUCAACUGUUUACAAGUACCAACACCAGCAAUGCCUCCACUCCCCAAGCUACCAAUCAUAUGCCAUCUUCUUCUUCCUCCUCCUCCUACUCUGGGCUGGACUACCUACUGCUGGCUGCUGCAAUUGACCGCCUGUGUCUUGUCAUCUUUGUGUUCAUCUUCAUCGUCAACAUGCUCACAUACAGCAGUGUUCUCCUCCUGCAGGUGUGUCUCAGACCUGAAGUUGUUUGCGUGCAAGCACUGCAUGGAGAGAUGACUUUCCCAGCCCUCCUUGGCUCUGCCUUGUUGGACACUCGGCUGACUCUUUUACGAGUAGGAGUAGAGAAGGAAGAGGAGGAGGAUGAGGGCUCCCAUAGAGGAUGUCAUAGAGUGAGUGUUAUGUGGGCCCCAGAUGGCAGCGGCCUCUUGGCUUCCUCUCGUAACACAACGCUGCGGGUGUCACUUUUGUUUGGUUGUCGGGACGUGAUGGUGUCGCCAGGACUUGUGGUGGUGGUGCUGAUGGUGAUGGCAGCGGCAGGACACGAGAAGGACCUGCAGCGCUCCCUAAAGCUCCAGCAUCUUCGGGAGACGCUGUUGCAUGGCUAUGAUAAAGAGGCUCUUCCGCCAACUCCCGUGACUGUCAACAUUACCCAGUUUGCCAUUAGGAAUCUGGAAAUGCACGAGGAAGCGCAUCGCCUCAUCCUCAAUGCCUGGAUCGGCUUCAUGUGGUAUGACCAUAGGCUGUCCUGGAAGGCUGAGGACUAUGGCGGCGCGCAAUUCAUUACCUUCUCCCCUAGUGACUUGUGGCUGCCUGACUUCUCCGUCUAUAAUGCGGGAGACGCCGACUCCACGCUGCUUACAUCCAAGUUCCGUGUGAUCGUGUAUCCCAAUGGCAGGGUGCUACAGGUGCCCAGCUUCGACCUGCAUUACUCCUGCGUGUCUGACCUCACCUACUGGCCCCACGACACCCACAACUGCAGCCUCAAAAUCGGCUCCUGGGUGCACAGUGCCAUGCUUGUCGACAUCAGUGUGGAAAAGAACUUCACAACGGAAGUGGAGUACGAGGUCACGAAGAGUCCCGAUGGUAACAUGGACACGAUGGAAUGGAAUAUUUUACACGUCCACAUCGAACGCUUCUCCAAAUUUUACGACUGCUGCACCGAGCCUUACGUCAGCGUGGUGCUGAACCUCAUCGUGCAGAGGGAGGCUCCUGCUUUCUGCUGGCUCAUCAAGACACCUGCUGUUUGUUUGGUGUUCCUGACGGUGGUUCUGUUCAUCCUCCCUCCCGGUGCUGGCGAGAAGAUUGUCUUCGGAGGAGUGAACAUCAUCAUUAACCUGAUGUUUCUCAUCUUCGCCCACGGCACAGUUAGCAACGCUCCAAGCCACACUCCACUCCUGGUCCAGCUGGUCAGCAUCCAACUUGUCCUGGCUGUUAUCAGCACCAUAGUGACCGCCGUGUUGGUGAGGGCUGCCCGAGGUCCCUACACCACACCGCCCUCCCCUGUCCUUCAACGCCUCGCCCUCACCCUCGGCCCGACCUUCUGCCUUUCUGCCUACCUCAAACAGGCGUCGGGACAGGGACGGCUCGGGGCAGGAACACAGAAGAGCGACGAGGUGGAGAUCGGCAGCGGAGCGGACAGCAAUCAGUCUGGGGAACAGGGUGUGAUGGCGGGCCAGUGGCUGCUCCUGGGUGCUGUCCUUGACCGUAUCGCCCUUGCUGUUUACCUUUGCAUCGGUCUCAUCAUGCUCAUCAGGUCCUCCAGCGUGCUCUAAGACACCCCUAGAGAACUUUUUACCUCACGUCACCUGUGGUCUGCUUAAUUUCCUAUCUACCUGCUUGUUUCCAUCCUCGGCCACACAUGUAAUUACCGCGUUGCCUGAGGUCACCUGAACACCCCAAGUCCACAGGCAGGUUGGAUCUGUUCUGAUGCGUUGCUUUCAAGUCAUUUUGGGAUCACAUGAAGGUCACUGCAGUAAACCUGAAACCUCGCAGAAGUUGCUGAAGCUACUUAAUGUUACGUAUUCGACAUUGGAGUAAUUUGAAGCCAGGUCUUGGAAUCAUGUGAAGUCGACUGUGUGUUAGUAAAGUUUGCCUAUGAAUCCCCUUACAUCACCUUAGAGGCACAGGUAAAUUCCGAAUUAUGUGUUAGAUAUUUUCGUUUUAGAAGUGACCUGUAAUUUGCAUAACCUUGAUUCCCACUGCAAUACUCACUGUUGCGUGUGCGUCUGUGUUACUUAGUAGUACAUCUAUUAUUAGCGUUCAAGGCACCUUUGGUCGUUGUUAUCUGUUUAGAGAAUGUUGCUCUUUAGUUUAUUAUUUUUCUUUAAUCUUACGUACUUGUUGAACUGCUUGUAAAGUGUGCUUCAUAGUUUUCCUUUUUCGUUAUUUUCAGAGAGAGAGAGAGAGAGAGAGAGAGAGAGAGAGAGAGAGAGAGAGAGAGAGAGAGAGAGAGUGUUUGCUUGCAGUACCUAAACAGUUUAAAGUAUGAAUAAGAGUGAUUAUGUCUCGAAGGGACAGGCAUGCAUAUAGUGAAGCAGUACUGUGUGAUGAUGUCACCACGCGGCUGGUAUUCACUGCACUGUAACUUCUAUGUAUGAGGAUGGAAAUUUGAUUUGUUUAGUGUGUAAAUUAGUAGAGUAGUGUGUAGUGACGCAGUGACAUGCAGUACAAUGAUGUAGAUGACUAAAAUGUUCUUGUUUAGAACACCGAAUGGUUUCUUUGACAAAAUUAUACGAUACUUCACACUGGCAACAGGUUAUGUAUGGAAGAUGUGCCACGCACGCCUUCCAUCUUAUACCUCCAGCAUUGCCUUCUGCAGCACUGCGCUGUGUUCUGGGGGCAUCAGGCUGGUGGUGGUGGUGAUAGUAGUGGUAGUGGUGAUGGUAGUGGUGGUAAUAUGAGUUCCAACACCUGAGAGAACGUAUUGUAGUCAUUACAGUGUCCCAAUUUCCAGUUUCCAGGUUUAAGAUUUCAGAGCUUCUCUCAUUGCCCUUGCUCCUCCCCGCCCACCGCGUCCCCCACUGUAAGUGGUGGGCUGUGUGCUCUUCAGUACAGAGACACGAUGUGUUGUGUGACUUUUUCAACGUACAUGUAGGGCGACAGAUUUAUUUGAUAAAAGAUUACAUAUACUAUAAAUUUCCCCCGGGUGUGGGUAACCUAUCAUUCCUCAUACUCUCUCCCACCGACCUCCCCAGCCUCCCGAACAGGCGUACUGCGACUCAUUAUUUGAUGUGCUAACUUGUGAUGUGUAACCAAUGCUUGCAGCAGUUCACCAGCACUAAUGAUGUAGCACCAUGUAGCACUAAUAAAGUGUAUCUUCAUGCA